CGCGGGAGGAGGAUGGGGCACCCGGGCGGGCCCUGCCGCAGCAGCCUCACGGCAGGGCGCUCCUACCCGCGGCCCGGGUCAGGGUACCACCCCGCAGCUCCGCGACCCCGCCUCCCCUUCACCCGUAAGCCCCGGCCCAGCCGCUGCCUAGCCCGCAAGCGGGGGCGGGCCUCUGAGAGGGACGGCCAAUGGGGAUGGCGCCUGGAGGCCGGGGUGUGGCGGCCGCGGCGCGACGCUCCCAGUGGCGGUUGUUUCAAGAUGGCGGCCGCGGCGGGCCCCUCCCGUCCCGACGGCGCGGCGUUUUGGAGCCGCGACUUUUCUGAUGAAGAACAAUCAGUAGUGUUUGUUCCAGGAAUUUCUACAGAAGGAAAUAUGAGGUCAAGACACAAGUUGCUAAAUCCGAAAGCUGAUGUUAAAGUGAAGACUUCCAGGGUGACUGAUGCUUCAAUUUCUGUGGAGGCUUUAAAAGGUUCAGGAGAUUCAGUAGAUGAACAGAAUUUCUGCAAGGAGGGAAUGAAGAGUGCAUCAUUGAAAGAUUUAUGUCUUGAAGACAAAAGACGCAUUGCAAACUUAAUUAAAGAACUGGCCAGAGUAAGUGAAGAAAAGGAAGUGACAGAAGAGCGACUGAAAGCUGAACAGGAGUCAUUUGAGAAGAAGAUCAGACAGUUGGAAGAGCAGAAUGAGCUGAUCAUCAGAGAAAGGGAAGCUCUUCAACUACAGUAUAGAGAAUGCCAAGAACUUUUAAGUCUCUAUCAGAAAUACCUGUCAGAACAGCAGGAGAAGCUCACCAUGUCCCUCUCAGAACUUAGUGCUGCUAGGAUGCAAGAGCAACAGAUAACUAAUAAGAAAGGCAUUCUCCAGUCUUCAUCUGUGGAACUGGAUGGUUCAUACUUGAGUGUAGCCAAACCACAAAUCUAUUAUCAAAGCAAGCAAAGACCUAAAUCUGCAAACCAGGACUCAGCUUCAGAAUCCCUUAUGGAGUUUAGGAAUAAUUCUUUGAAACCAACACCGUUUUCUCAUCCCACAGAAGGUCUGGAGAGGCUACCAUCAGAGACAAGAACAUAUAAUUCUGAAUCUCCAAGGAGAAAACCAGUGAAUGCAGCCCCAACAGAAAUAGCUCCACCAGAAGAAUUGAAGAUGAAGGAAUGUCCACACCUUAAGCCUACACCAUCUAGACAAUGUUGUGGUCACAGACUUUCUGAAAAUGAAGAUCAUGUUCAUGAGAUCCAUCCUACACACAUGGCCCUUCAGUAUUCUAACACACAUCCAAAAUCAUGCAUUUACUGUGGACUUUCUUGGUCAUCUGUCAUGCAUAGUAAAGGAGCACUGCAGUCCAGUGAAGCUGAAGUCAAAAAGCAACUCUCAGAAGAUAGACGGCAACAACUGAUUCUUCAGAAAAUUGAGCUAGAAAUUGAAAAAGAGCGCCUUCAGCAUCUGCUAGCUCAGCAGGAGACGAAGCUUCUCCUGAAACAGAAGCAGCUUCAUCAGUCUCGACUGGAUUAUAAUUGUUUAUUAAAGUCAAAAUGUAAUAGAUGGCUGCCUAGAACCUCAUCAUCCUUUAAAAAGCACCAAGAUGUCCCUAAUAGUGGAGAAAAUUGGAAGGAGAAAAAGACAGUUGCUUUUGAGUCACAUAUAGAAGACAAUGGCAAAUGGAUGUGUCAACAAAAGGAAGCAUGUGACCCGCCAAGAGGGACAGUGGCAGAAGUUAGAAAAGAUGCAUCUACAUCACCUAUACCAAUAGGAAGGCAGAAGGAGCUUGUAACCAAGGUCUCGUCAUCAUGCCAAUACAACACCCCCCGGUACGAGACAUCUCUGUUGGAUUUGGUUCAUUCUCUAAGCCCACACUCUGCCUCCAAACCUCACCCUCAUCCCUCCAGAGAAGCUGGGACAUGGAAUCACAGCACUUUCCGACUUAGUCCUCAGAAAUCAACCUGGAAGAAGAUGGGGGCCUGCAGGACCCCUGAAGACCUGGAGGAGAAGCAAAUUCUGGAAGAUAUAUUUUUCAUUUGACUUUGAAACACAGGCUACAAAAUUUUCAUAGGAAAUUUACAGAUUUCUUCACACACUGAGCUAGGAUGUUAAAUUAUUUAACUGCAAAGUAAUUGUGUCUCUCCUUUUUCAGGGACCUAUAUCACUGGCAUCUUGUUAUGUUUGAAUAUAGAAAUCAUUCCAACAGCCUAAGAUUUUUUUUAACCUAAGAUGUUUCUGAUCAGCCUAAUCAGUAAAUAACACACUAAUGGGAGACAGGAUGGGAGAUGCUAUCUUUUUAACACCAAUCAGCUUAGAACUGUGCUUACUUUGUACAGAGUAGACGCCAUUGCAUACCCAGCACCACCUCAUUUGUUUUCUUCUCGGAGUUCUGCUGGAAAAGUUGGCUUUCUUUUGUGCACAAGCAAAACCUACCCACUGGUAGAUCCCUUGAAUAUAAAAGUGCCCUUUUCUGUUGUUCUAUCACCCCCACUUUGAUCUGAGUUAUCCUUUAAUUCUGAGGUUAGAGUUGGUGCCAAGUAGCACUGGGGACCAGAUGUGAGUGAGUCUUGUAGUAGUAAUCAGCUGGGUGGCUCCCUAUCCCAUAAGCAGAAGGCUCUGUAGGCUAGAGGGAAGGACCAGACAAAUCCUGGGGAACAAGCACCAUUAAAUCCUAUGGGAAUGAUCACUGGAGAGGUAAGCCCAAGACAUUUUCCCUGCCAAUUUUUAGGUGAUCAUAUCUCCAUUUUCUAAGAAUGAAUAAAAGCAAGCUGUAGGUAGUAUCUGUUCACCUUUGAGCACAUGUACUCUUGAAGUUCCAUGGCUGUAUCUGGGGAGAUGUCACAGGAGGGACUCAGUCCAUUCCUCUGUCCUCUCUAUGAAGGUGAGAGGCACUGUGCUGGCUAGGCCCUGGCAUACACUCUAUGGAGGAAAGCCAUACUGAGCGCCCUUUUUUUCUUGUCCAAGAUCUAAAUCUCAUCUUUUCAGAUGGAACCUGGACCUGUUGCUCUACCCAGGCUUCCUUUGUUUGAGUCUUUAUAUUUUGGAAGAGAGAAAAAUAGUUUUUAAUAUCAUAUUCUUAAUCUGAGUAAAUACAAAGCCAAGACUAAUUAGUUGUAAUCACCCCUUGAAAACUUGAAAAUCAUCACAGGUUAUAGUUUCCUUUUAAAGUUUGUACCCUGUGAAAGUAACCAGAUCUGUUUCAUCUCAUUUUGCCUUUGGACUCCUGUGUUUUCAUUGGUGUGGCAGAAAUGUCUGCAGACUGAGAACCCUCAGCCAGUUUCUCAAAAGUAGAUUUCCAGAGUUGCCCAUGUGUCACCACCAGCUCAAGUGUGCCUUUCUACCAUAGACCAGCCAUAACUGUAGACACUCAUUCUGGACACCAGUAUCCUUCCUGCUCUCUGGAGGGAAAGGAUCCAGAAGAAUCAAGACAAAGAUUAUCAUUUCUUUAAGAGCCUAUCUGCCUUUAUAAGAAUCAUAAACAGAAGCCAAAAACUAAAGGCUCUGGGAGCCUUUACAUGCCAGCAAAUAGAGUUUACUUCUUGAUCUCCUGGAAUGGGCAGUUUAGAGGAGAAAAGAAGAAUUUCAGUCAACAGAGUGUCAGUCACCACAGUUCUCGUGUGCCAUACUGCCCCACUGGUUGCCUUCUCUGUCCUGUAGACACUAUGAUCAUGUUGGUGUGAGGGCAAUUGGAGGUGAAUUUGUACAUAAUCUAGUAUCUUCACUAUUAGUUGAAUAAUAUUAACAUUUAAUCUGUAUGAAAUUUACUUUGAAGUAUAUAUAUUGUUUCAGAGCCUGGAAGCUGAAUGUGGUUACAAAGAAAGGAGUUAAGUGCUUCCAACAGCAUCUGGUUGGGAUUUGCUUACUUGGCCCCUUGAUGGCUUAUCCAGAGCAAGACUGGACAUCUGUUGAGGGUGCCACAGGUAAUGCUGCAGCGUUAUUCACCCUGUAGGAAAAAAACAAAUCAGUACUUGUGAAAUGCUUGUGAAAUGCAACAGAGUCUGUCCAUUGAAACUCCCUAAGUAGGGCCUAGGCGACAGCUCAGUGGCAUAAGCGGCUGACUGGCAUGUGCAAGGUCCCAAGUUAGAUCCCUGGUACCUUAAAAAAAAAAGAAAGAAACUCUCCUAAGUAAAGCCCAAGGCAUAUGACUUUAAAAAUCAAAGUUGAUCAAAGAAAACUUUGUGAUGACAUCACUCUUGCUGGAUACACACUUGUGUUUAUCCAGUCCUGAACUCAGAGUGGGGUUUAUCCAGAGCAUCCCAACGUCAUAAGGACAGAGGGACUUUUUCCUCCUGCAGAGCCAUUCUUUUCACUUGUCCCUCCUUCCAACAUCAAGAAGCAUCCUGAAGAUGUGCUGACCACAGACCAUGGGAAGUAGAGACUCCUCAAGAGCAAAGCUAAUACAAUCUGCUGAGGGAGGUAGAGGCUCUGAUUUAGUCUGAUUUUUAAUGUGGGUAAAUAUU